AUGCCGGAAUGGACCCUCAACCCCCAGCACAUCGUGACUCAGCGCCAUACAGCCAAAUCUGCAAAACCAAAGACCGGAGCAGGCUCCCAGGGCAGACUCACCACAUCCAAGGGCUCCAAAAGAGUCACUCUCACUCUCAGCGGCAACAUCCAGGCCUUUCCAACACUGGGCAUAGGCUGA